CGCACGUCGAACGUGCAGAUAAACGGAGUUUCGUUAUACAAAUCGUGCAUUGUUUGUUCGAUUGUUGAAAAAUCGAGUGGUUAUUAUUUAUAAAGGUUUGCCUUCCCGGAAAGCCUCUCGAUAAGAGCGCGAAGACGAUGCGUGUAUGUGUGUGUUGCCGGCUUUGGUGUUUGUGUUGUGCGUCCGUGAGUGCUGCUAGCCAAUGAUACUACUCCGAUGCCUCGCGCGGAGAACAAUAACACUGCUGCUGUCGGCUUCUGGCACUUGGUGUAAACAAACACGGCUCGCGUCGUGCAAAAAGGCAUCGCGUGUCUCUCGUCUUUUUUUCUUCGCUCCCUAGCUCGAGCAAAGCACACGAUCGACGACACCGUUGUGUUGUGUGCUUCUUAUCGCCUCGCGAAAGGAUGUGGUAAUCGUACUUGCAAAAACGAGUCAUCGCUUCGACGACGAGCGACAUUAUAACUCAUUUUUUCUAACGGUAAAAGAGUUUAAUAUUCUCGAUAGUUUGUUCAGUGCAGCGAGGAGGGUUACGGACAGCACACACAGCCAUCGCAAGAUUGGAAGAAAACUCAGGAGAAAAGUAUGAAAAUGUUGCCCAUCACUACGAGCGAGUUAUCCAAAUCCAGAGAGUAUCAGAGUUUUCGCAGUUCCAUACCGCUGAGAAAGAUAGUCGUUGACUCCGAUGGUUUGAAGGGGUGGAAAGUCUAUGAUUCAAGUCCAAAGUCAAUCAAAUGUCCUCUAGUGUGCCUUCCUCCAGUAAGCGGAACAGCUGAUAUUUACUUCAAGCAAAUCUUAGGGCUGUCUGCUAAAGGAUACAGAGUUAUUGCUGUUGAACCUCCUGUUUAUUGGGAUGUUAAAGAAUGGUGCAAUGGUUUCAGAAGACUUUUGGAUUAUUUGCAAUUAAAAAAAGUUCAUCUGUUUGGUGCUUCAUUAGGUGGCUUUCUUGCUCAGAAAUUUGCUGAAUAUGAUACUCAAAGUUCAAGAGUAGCUUCGCUAAUUUUGUGUAAUACUUUUUUGGAUACAUCAAUUUUCAGUUACCAUGACUCUGCUGGCAUGUUUUGGAUCUUGCCAUCAUUGGUUCUUAAAAAAAUGGUUAUGGGUAAUUUUAGAACUGAUAAAGUAGAUAAUGAAAUUGUUGAUGCUAUUGACUUCAUGGUUGAAAGGCUGGACAGCCUCUCUCAACAAGAUUUAGCAUCAAGGUUGACCAUCAAUUGUAUAAAUUCGUCCGUUCAAACUGAAAAAAUACGCCAUCUACCCAUUACAAUAAUCGACGUUUUUGAUGAAUAUGCCCUAUCCAAUGAUGUCAGAGAAGAUAUGUACAAAUCUUACCCAAAUGCUAAACUAGCACAUUUAAAAAAUGGUGGUAAUUUUCCUUACUUGAGUAGACCAGCAGAAGUAAAUUUACAUUUGCAGAUUCACUUGAGACAAUUUGAUGGAGGCGAGUUUGCUGCAUCUUUCAGAGAACAAUUUAUUGAGAAGGAAUCAUCAUGAAAAAUAACUAUCAAGAACUCAAUGUGAUAACCAAAAAAGAACUGUACUCUACUUCAAUCGUCAUGAUUUAAUACUAAAAGAAAAGAAUAUUUUAUAUACUUCGAGAGUAGAGUAUGUAAAGUUUUGUAUAUAUUUUUUAAGAAAGUCUGAUAAGACAAAGUGCAUAUUAGUCAUUCAAUUCUUUUAAAUAUUAUAUAGCAAAGCUAUCAUUUCAAUGAAAAAUACUUCAUUAGGCAUUCCAGAAAUUACUUAUCAAUGAUAUUAAAUUGUUACUUAAUGGUUUAUUAGUAUUAAAAAAACUAAAUUAUUAAUUUACUUGCUACUAUUUUUAUGUUACUGCAUUGAUUAUUAAUAGAUAGUAAACAGAUAAAUUUUAAUGUUUUUUAGAAUAUGAAUGUAAAAAACUUUUGUACCAUCAAAAAAAGCUGUAUGCGUGAGGGCACAAUUUAAUGUGAGCUAAAAAUAGGAUAGAAAAGAUUUUUUUUACUUAGAGAAAAGAGUUUUCGUUUUAAUUAGUUUAGGAGUAGCCCAUCUGGUGAUCAGAACAAAAAGGUUACCAUGAGUUACAUUAAAAGUCAUUAACAAACUUAAUUUAGCUUAAUUGUCGGUUAAUGCAUUGUUUUUUAAAUUCUUAAGUAUAAGUAUAAGGUAGACAUAAAUUACCAAAAGUCAAAAUCGAUAUUAUUUUUAUAAAUAUGCUUGAAUUCAAUUCUAAGCAAACAAAUCUAUUUUUUGUUGAUACAUUUUUUAAUAAAAUUUCGCCAUGUAAAUCGUC